AUGUCAGACAACGCCAACACCUUCUUAUCAGCAUCCAGACAAUUACAGGAUUUGGUCCAGUCUAUCACAGUUAGAGAAGAACUCAACGACAGAGGAAUUGAGUGGAAGAUGAUACCAAAACGCGCACCUUGGUUCGGUGGAAUUUGUAAGUCACGUGACCAGCCUAGUUUGAACGAUUGCCUGUUGUCUACACCACCUGAAAUAAAUGGUUUGACUGGAAUUCUACUUCGUUUUCGAAUGAAUAGAUACGCCAUAGCAACAGACAUAGAGAAGGCUUUUCUUAAUAUUGGUCUAGACGAGAAGGAUCGAGAUGUCACGCGAUUUCUAUGGCUCAGCGACCCUAGCAACCCAGACAGCGACUUGACAACAUACAGAUUCCGUGCAGUCCUUUUCGGAGCUACGUCAUCACCUUUCAUUCUGAGCGCAACAAUAUUGAAACACCUUGAACUUAACAGCGACAAGAAGGCGAGUGAGCACUUACGACAAGAUCUAUACGUUGACAACGUUAUUUCAGGCUUCCAACAGGAAGAUGAGCUUCUACAAUUCUACAGCGAGUCACGUGAGCUACUGUCGUCUGCAGAUUUCAACUUGAGGUCCUGGAGUUCUAAUAGUAACAAGCUCCGUGUGCAAGCAAUCAAAGAUUCAGUCUUAGAUUUAGAUCGAUGUCCUAAGGUACUUGGCAUGAGAUGGAACACAGAAAGUGACGUUUUACUGUAUCCAGCGAAGAACAUUCCAACUACCUAA